AUGAGUGGAGCGAACAGAUAUCGCGUGCGGGCGCGGAGCUUGACAAGUAUGCCCGAAGACGCAGCUGACAGUUUGACAGUCCUUCCUGUCAUGUUCGAAACGGAGACCUUUGGGCAAGAAGCAGCGAAAAAGAAAAAGCCCUGGUUCUGCUUUCCGUGCUGGACUGAGGAUGACAAGGCACAGCUGGAGACGUCUUUGGACCUGACCACCUGGAGCCUCUCGGAUGCCGAGCGAGGAAAGGCACGGCAAUGCUUGGAACAGGCACGGCAAGCCGGGCAAGCCGGUGAAGGACAUCGACCUUGCAUGUGCUUUAUUCGCCAGGACAUUCUCACCGGCAAGUGGGCACACUUUCAGCUGGGCACUGGGAAUGAGAAGAAGCCUCGCCAAACCGAAAGCAAGAGCAAACAAGUCGCCAUGAGGCCAAUCCACGAGGAGCCAGAACAGUUGGAUGGCUGUCCCUUCUGUGCCUGCCAUGUGCCUGAAGCUGCUGAUGUCUUGCGAUUUGAGCGGCUUAGCUGCAAACUGAGCACAGUGGGUGUGCUAACGUGGUCUAACGUGGUCUAA